AACAGAGAGAGAGAGAGACAGAGGAGAGGCCAUCGCCAAACCAACAACUUACAACCGUACGAGUGAAUUUGAUGAAAACGACGUCGCGUCCGCCAUUUUCUUCUUCCUUGAAGCAAUAGCUUCUUCAAUCUUCACUAAUCACUUCAGAUCUCUUCUUCUCUGUUGCCACUGUCCCAAUUAUUCUCUCUUCAUGCCCCGCUGCUGUAUUCGUAGGUCGAAUCUAAUUGCAAUUGUAGUGUGUAAUUGCAGUAUCUAGUAUUUGAAGCUCUGGGUAUUCCUUUAUGGAUCCAGUAGAUAUGGUGGUUUCACAGCCAAUUACCCCUGGUCAGGUUUCGUUUCUGCUUGGAGUUAUCCCUCUUAUGAUAGCAUGGCUAUACUCGGAAUUUCUUGAGUAUAGGAGGUCUUCUUUACACGCUAAAGUGUAUGUUCAUUCAGAUAAGAAUUUGGUUGAACUGGAAAUGGUGACGAACAAAGAGGAUGAAGGAACAGUUUUAAUGGAAGGAGGUCUUCCAAGAUCUGUCUCUUCAAAGUUUUAUAGCUCAUCAAUCAAAACAAACUUGCUUAGGUUUCUGACUUUGGAAGACUCUUUCUUGCUUGAAAAUCGAGCAACCUUGAGAGCAAUGGCGGAGUUUGGAGCAAUUCUUUUAUAUUUUUAUAUUUGUGAUCGAACUAGCUUGCUCGGGCAGUCUAAAAAGAAUUACAACCGAGACCUUUUCCUCUUUCUCUACUGUCUUCUCAUCAUAGUGUCAGCUAUGACGUCCUUGAAGAAACACUCUGACAAGUCACCAAUAACGGGAAAGUCCAUUCUGUAUCUCAAUCGUCACCAGACUGAAGAAUGGAAGGGGUGGAUGCAGGUUCUAUUUCUGAUGUAUCAUUACUUUGCUGCGGUUGAGUUUUACAAUGCAAUCAGGGUCUUCAUCGCUGGCUAUGUGUGGAUGACCGGUUUUGGGAACUUCUCUUAUUACUAUAUCCGAAAGGAUUUCUCCCUUGCACGAUUCACUCAGAUGAUGUGGCGGCUUAACUUUUUUGUGGCGUUUUGUUGCAUUAUUCUCAACAAUGACUAUAUGCUGUACUACAUUUGUCCAAUGCACACUCUAUUCACUCUGAUGGUCUAUGGAGCCCUUGGUAUUUACAGUCAGUAUAACGAAAUAGCAUCAGUGAUGGCUCUGAAGAUUGCUUCAUGCUUUCUCGUGGUUAUCUUUUUGUGGGAGAUUCCUGGAGUUUUUGAGAUCUUCUGGAGUCCUCUGGCAUUCUUACUGGGAUACACAGAUCCAGCUAAACCAGACCUUCCACGUCUACACGAAUGGCAUUUCAGAUCUGGACUCGAUCGCUACAUAUGGAUCAUUGGCAUGAUAUAUGCAUAUUUUCAUCCCACUGUAGAGAGAUGGAUGGAGAAAUUGGAGGAGUGUGAUGCUAAAAGAAGGAUGUCAAUCAAGACAAGCAUAAUAGCAAUUUCUUCAUUCGUUGGUUACCUUUGGUAUGAAUACAUCUACAAGCUGGACAAGGUUACAUACAACAAAUAUCAUCCUUACACAUCUUGGAUUCCAAUAACUGUCUACAUCUGUCUGCGAAAUUGCACACAACAGCUACGAAGUUUCUCCCUAACACUCUUUGCGUGGCUCGGCAAGAUAACUCUCGAGACCUACAUUUCACAGUUUCACAUCUGGUUAAGAUCGAGUGUGCCAAAUGGGCAGCCAAAAUUGCUAUUAUCAAUCAUCCCAGAAUACCCAAUGCUCAACUUCAUGCUCACCACAGCCAUCUAUGUCUUGGUAUCUGUUCGACUUUUCGAGCUAACCAAUACAUUAAAAUCAGUUUUCAUACCCACGAAAGAUGACAAACGGCUACUCCACAACGUCAUUGCUAUGGCUGUGAUAUCAUUUUGUUUAUAUUUUAUCGGUCUUAUUCUUCUCUUGAUCCCACAUUAACUUUGUACUAGUCCCUGAUCCUUCUUGUCCAUUAUCAUCUUCUUCACAAACCUGAGAAACACAAAGUCAAAGUUAGUUGCACAGAGAAAAAGCCCUUACUACUAAAUCAAA